AUGCUUGUCGUCGCGCGGCGCCUCGCGCCGCAGCGCUUCGCUCCGGCCGCGCCAGCACUGCGGCGCGCAUCGUUGCUGCCGAGCGCGCACUACCUCGCCCUCGUCGCCGACGGCAAGAUCACGCGCGACGAGCACCAGCUGACGGCGCUGGCGGCCCUCGACCGCGUCUACGCGGCCGUCGAGGGCUACGCGCCGCCGGCGCCGGCGCCGGCGCAGCCGUCCGGCGGCCUCGGCGGCGCCUUGGGCGCCUUCGCGCGGCACGUGGGCCUCGCGGACGCGCCCGCGGCGAAAGAGGCGCGCGGCUACGACUCCAAAGCCCCGCGCGGCGCGUACGUCCACGGCGGCGUCGGCGCGGGCAAGACCUUCACCAUGGACAUGUUCUUCGACCUCGCGCCCACGGCCUCGAAGCAGCGCGUCCACUUCCACGCCUUCAUGCUCAGCGUGCACCGGAGGCUCCACGACCUGCGGGGCGACGAUCGGAUCAAACUCGUCGCGGCGGACGUGCUCCGCGAGGGCGCGCUCGUCUGCUUCGACGAGUUCCAGGUCACGGACAUCGCCGACGCGCUGAUCAUGAAGGCGCUCUUCGAGCAUCUGUUCGAGGGCGGCGCCGUCGUCGUCGCGACGAGCAACCGGCGGCCGCGCGACCUCUACGCGAACGGCAUCCAGCGCCAGCUCUUCCUGCCCUUCAUCCCGCUGCUCGAGGCGCGCUGCGAGGUCGUGAGCGUCGAGGAUUCCGUGACGGACUACCGGCUCUGCAUCGGCGCCGACGGGUCCGCGGGCGUCUAUUUCCUGGAGGGCGACGCGGACGGGUUUUUGGACGCGCGGCGGAGGCUCACGAAGGAGGCGGACGACGCGGUCGCCGCGAUUUUAAAGACGGAGACGGGCCGCGAGGUGCGCGUGCCCCGGGCCUUGGUGCAAUCGCGCGCGUGCUGCUACCACUUCGACGAGCUCUGCCGCGCGAACGUCGGCGCCGCGGACUAUCUGGCCAUCGCGCGGGCCUUCGACGUCGUCUUCCUGGACGGCGUGCCCCUGAUGACGACGGGCACGCUCGACGUCGCGCGGCGCUUCAUCACCCUCGUCGACGCGCUCUACGAGCACGGCGUCAAGAUCGUCGUCCGCGGCGCCGCGCCGCCGACGGGCCUCUUCGUCGGCGACAAGGGCGCGCGCGACGAGGCCUUCGCGUUCGACCGGACGGCGUCGCGCCUGAUCGAGAUGGGCUCCCUCGCCUACCUCACGAAGCAGCCGACGCGCGCGCCCGAGCCGCUCGUCGUGGCGAAGGACUAA